AUGGCAAGGUCAUUGCCAGGCCUCGACUUGCCCAGGAAAUGCGGACCUAUCAUGGAAGAAGUUGACGAAUAUGUUCAAUUCGUUCACUUCACGGCGAAGGAGUACCUCUUCAGUCCCAAGAUCCACGGCUGUAUUGAACUAGCAGAGGCGACCUUAAGCCUAGCGAAGUGCUGCGUCUCAUAUUUUUGUCAGAGACACCAUCAAUCCGGUCUGACGGACCAGGAUCUAGAAGUCAACAUCUUGUCUGGAUUAUACCGACUGCAAAACUUUGCUGCAGCGAUGUGGCUUGAGCUUGUUGAGUGUUACAUUGACCUGAACAAGCAGAGCCAACUACCUAAUGCCCUGAUCGAUGUCCUUGAAAGCUCGCAAGCAUUCACUGCCGACGACGAGGAAGGCGAGCAACCGAGUUUGAAAGUCCUCAAAUCAAGGUCUCCAGUGCUGUAUGAGAUGGAGCGCACUCCAAUUCUACCAGCUCUGCAGGAAAAGUGA